AUGCUUCCGUUUUUCUCUUGCUCACAUCAGAAAUCUGACGACUCCAUGGAUGUGGAGCUGUCGAGCCUGGAGCUGAGGCUUUGGAACUUGUACAGUGGUCGCUUGGACAGCAACCUCAGCGUCUCAGACAGCCUUGCCCAGCCGCUCAUCUCAGGCGACCUUCAGCUGUCCAGGGGCACUGCAUACUUUCCCACUGGAAGUAAGUCACCAUCGCCAGCAGUGAAUAGUGGUUCAGAGGCAGCACAACGGAGCAGACCGGCGACCGAUGCACUCCAAUCUCUCAGUGCGAGUGGGAUGGAGGCGAGGCUGGAACCACAGGCGAGCACCUCGCCGGGGCUGCCUGGUUCCAUGGCCGGCGUGCGCGUCAAGAACUUGAAUGUCACACUGGGAUCCGAACUGCGGGCUGUGUACCCCUUGGUGGUGAACCUGGCACUGUCGGGCAAUGUUGUAUUGAAUGGUGCACUAGAUCCCUCGAGCAUCGUCGCCAAUGGCACUGUGCAGCUCGAUGGUGGAAUGGUCAAUGUGCUUGCAACUCAGCUGCGGGUGGAGCGCGACCAGCCAGGGAGAAUCACGUUUGUGCCAGAGCAGGGCCUGGAUCCAACGAUCGACAUCACCUUGACAGCAGGGGAAUUCAAGGCUGUCAUGCAGGGUCGAGCCAGCAACUGGCAAGAUUUGGUGGUUUUGAGCUAUGUUGGCACACGUUCGACGACUGGGGAGGGCACCGGCCAGGUCCAGCUUACUGAGGCUUCGAGGCUGUUCCAAGAGCAGUUGGCAUCGGCGCUGGUGGCCGACGACGGCCAAUUGGCGUUCUCAAACUUGGCAGCAUCCACAGUGUCCACGUUCUCUCCAAAGCUCGACACCCAGGGACAAAUUGGCGCUGCAAGGUGGCGCCUCGUGUCGGCUCCCUCCUUCCCCGACAUGCUGUCGCUGCUGGACCCAGCGGUGGAGUGGCAGAACCUGCUGACGAGCCUGUUCACGGGGACGGAGGUGGAGGUCCAGUUCGGCAAGUCGGUGCAGGCCGUCGUUGCGCACAAGCUGCGAGGAGCUGAGUACGGGACGCAGUGGACGAUGAUGUACAACUUGAACAACAACCUGCGGAUGCAGCUGCAGGUGGCCAACUCGCCCCCGGUGACGCGCACGCUGCUGUUGCAGUACUCAAGCGAAGGCGUGCCAAAAUGA